AUGUUAUCAUCACCAUUAUGUACUAUCCAUCAACAAGGCAUUGGCCAAUUAGAACAUGUACAAAUAACAUCUUAUUCAUUAAAUAUUCGAUUUAAAAAUAUAUUUUCUAAUUUACAAUGUUCAUCCAUUUAUAUACAUGCAUUCAUAACAGAUACACAUACAAAUCAACUUGAACGAACAAUUCAAAAUAUUCAAACAAAUACUAUUUCUAUUAAUCAUUUACUUCCCAAUCAUAAUUAUUCAUUAACUAUAAAAAUUUCUGAUGAAACAUAUGUGCGUAUUUUACCUACCCAUAUUUUCCAAACACUUGAAUCAUCGAAUCAAAAUACUCUAACUUUAUCCAAUGAUGAUCUAUUAACAAUUGAACAAAUUGAAUCUUUUAUUUUUCCCGAUACACAUCUUUAUAUUGUUACAUUACCAAAUCAUAUUCGUCGUUCAACUAUUCUCGGAAAUAUUACACUUUCAUAUAAAAUUAAUGAAAAACAAUAUAAAUAUCAUCAUAUUGUCAAAUCAUUAGAUAAUAAUGUUAUCUCUCGUAUUGGUAGAAUGACAAUAAAAACAAUUGUAUUUUCUAUUGAAUUACCAUAUGAAAAUAAUACAUCUAUUGAAUAUUCAAGUAUAAUUCAAUUAUUUUAUUUAAAUGACCAACGACAAUCAGUUAUUGAUCAUCCAGUUCGUAUAAAAUAUCCUCAGCCAAUUACAGUUGAAUUUUUAUCAUUAUCAACUCGUUCAAUACGUGUAUCUAUACGUCAUUUAUGUUUAUCUUAUAUUGAAGUUAAAGCACUUGUUUAUCAUAAUUCAAAAUUUAUUUCUCGUAGUCAAUGUGAUAUAAGUAAAAAAGAUAUUUCAUUUGCUGAUAUAACUAAUGGAGAAUGUUCAGUUAUAUUUGAUAAACUUCAACCAGAAGAAAAUUAUACAUUAUCAAUACGUGCUACAUGUCCAAUUACAACAUCAUCAUCAUUAUCAUUCGUUUUUUAUGAUCGACCACGAAAUUUUUCAUUUCAAACAACAGGUGGUUUACCAGAUAAUAUUCCAUUAGUUUUAUCAUUUUAUAAUAAUAAUAAAACAUUAUCAUGGACAAAUCCAUUGACGAAUAUAUUUUAUCUUGGUCCGGAUUAUUAUUAUGAAUUAUUUGCAAAACUAAGUGACAAUUGGACAUUAGUCUAUCGUGGUAAUAAUACUCGAUAUCAAUUAAAACCAAAAUUGGUUGAAAAAACUAAUCUGACAUUUCGACUUUAUGUUGGUAAUCGAUAUGGACGACAAGAAAAUAAUUAUUCACAAUUGGAUAUUAAUAUUGAUCCUAUUUAUUAUUCAAAUUCAAAUAAUCAAGUAGUGAUUAUUACAAUUUUAAUUUCAUUUUUAUUUCUUAUUGUUUUUGGUUUUCUAUUUUUUGGAUGUUAUUUACGUAGUAAAAAAAUUUAUGGAAAAUUAAAAAAAAAAUAUAGUCAAAAUGGUAAUAUAUCUGAUAAAGAAUUAGAUCAUUUACGAUCAUUAACAUAUUGUAAUGCAUUAAAAGAUAAUAUACUUUAUACCUGGAACCAUACACCCACUAAUGUUGAUAUAAAUAAAUUACCUAAAAUACAACGAACUAUGAUUAAACUUGAACGUUUAAUUGGCAAAGGAGCUUUCGGUGAGGUCUAUGCUGGAACAAUGACAAAUAAUCAAUCAGUAGCAAUCAAAACAUUACCUAGCUCAGCAUCUCAAUCACAACGUACUGAUUUUCUUAAAGAAGCUAUUAUAAUGAAUCAAUUUAAUCAUAAACAUAUAAUACAUUUAUUAGGUGUUUGUUUUCAUAAUGAUUAUCAACCACAAUUUCUUAUUAUUGAAUUAAUGGAGCAAGGUGAUUUACAAAAUUAUUUAAGACGUUCAAGACCAGCAAAAGAUAAUAAUAAUGAAUGUGAAUUAUCAUAUGACGACUGUCUUGAUAUAGCAAGACAAAUAGCUGCUGGUGCUUGUUAUCUUGAACAACAUUCAUACGUUCAUAGAGAUUUAGCUGCUCGAAAUUGUCUUGUGUCAUCAACGAAUAUUGAUCAUGAAAAAAUUCUUGUUAAAAUUGGCGAUUUUGGUUUAGCUAGAAUGUUAAGCCAACAGGAUUAUUAUAGGAAAACAGGUGAAGCUCUUCUACCUGUACGAUGGAUGGCACCAGAAUCAUUACUUGAUGCAAUCUUUACUUCAAAUUCAGAUAUUUGGUCAUUUGGAAUUGUUCUAUGGGAAAUUAUAACAUUAGGUCAAGUACCAUAUUCACCAUUGAAUAAUCAACAAGUUAUUUCAUUAAUUACAACAACACGAGGAACUUUAGAAAAACCAAUACAAUGUACACAUGUUUUAUAUGAACUAAUGUUAUCAUGUUGGCGAUACAUACCUGAAAAUCGAAUAAAUUUUUAUGAUCUUCAUUCUCGUCUAAAUGAAAUAUUAAUGGAUAAAAAUAAAGAACAACCAGUAAUAUGGUUUUCUAAUGAAGAAUCAUCACACACGGCUCGUAAUGUUCUCGAUUGUGUAUUAAGUCAUAUUGAACCACCGACAUCAAUAUCAUUUGAAGGGUCAGAUAUUGGUGAAUGUCGUUCAUCAACAUCAGGAUGUUUUUCAUCAAUGACAGAAAGUACUUCACCAACACAUCACAAUCAUCAUCAACGUCAUCAUCAUCCAAAUGGAAGUGUUCCAUCUUAUCAAUUACGCUUAAUUGAUGAUACAACAAGUAAUGAUUUUGUUGAUGAUGAUAUUCACAGUGACAUUAUUCUACGAUCUUUCUAA